AUGUUAUUAGAUUCUUUUUUAAAAUUUUGGUUUGUUAGUUUGUUUGAAAUCUUCCCCAAUCUCAUAGGAAUAAUAGCACACCAAUUAUGGAAGAUAAUCUGUCACAAAUUGUUCAACACUGAUGAAAGCAAACCAGAGCCAAAAUUCGAACAAAAGGUCAUAGAAACAGAAUUACUAAAUCUCAUCGAAACUGAAAAAUUCAUCACACUAAAGAAAAUCAAACACGACGAAGCAAUACUAAAAAAUACAAAUCAAGAUCUUCACAAAUACAAAUUCAACAAAGCCUGGCAAACCCCAGCAGCUCCGAACCCUCUUCCAAUUUAA